AUGGUAUAUGUUUUUUGGGAAAAUUGGAUGCAUACCAUCAAAAGAUUGCAUGUUUGGCAAUGUACCAUUAAAAGAUCGUUUCUUUGCUAUAUACCAUGGAAAGAUCACAACGUUGAGAUUUGUAGCAUUUCUGUUAACUUUGCUAACGCCAUCCGUUCCACCUGCUCCUCUCCAGUCCCAACCGCCGCCGCCGAAGAUGGGGGAGGGCACUUCCUCAGCGACAACGACGCCGCCGAGGUCGACGCGGUCUGCGGCGGGGAGGUCGACCACUGCGACGUCGGCAAGAUGGAGCACGGGUGCGAGCAUUACCGGCGGAGGUGUAAGAUCGUGGCGCCGUGCUGCAAGCAGGUGUUCCCCUGCCGCCACUGCCACAACGAGGCCACGGUGAGCGGCUGCCCUGCUGCUGCCUGUGUCGGGCCCGUCCGCUGCCGAAUCGAGUCCCGCCACCUCGAGCUCCAUCGCGGCCGCAUCGGCGUGAGGAGGCUGCUCCUCGCCGCGCUCGUCGACCUUGGCGCCUUCACCAACAUGCCGCCAUCCGCCGGCAUCGACCCGCUCGCGGCUCCCCUGCCCUCCACCCGCCGUGCUCCUGCCCGCUCGUUGUUUGCUGUGCCCCUGGUCGCUGCGCAACUCGCGGCGGGCUCAUCUGUGCCGAGGUCCUUCGCGUCACCGUCAUCGCGAGGCGGCCGCUCCUCGCUGAGCACGCGCCGUAUGCGGACAGCUGCCAAGGUCGCCGUCAGCAGGGAGACCGCUGGAUCCUUCUCACCUCGCUCAUGUCCUCCCUGA